CGGAGGGACUGGAGGCACGAGGAGAGCUGCGGUCCAAUCCACGCGCAGCCGGGACUCCUUCUGACGCCGAGCGCGCGCGCCUUCGGAGAGAGUGGAGCUAUACCUCGGACCGGUGAUGCUCCUCGAGACCUCCUCGGCUGACCACCACCGCCGAGCAUCAAUAUCAUCAGCACCAACAAGUGGGACUGCUGUGUGUUCGAUGAGAGGAGCCACGUUUUGGAAAUAUGAAUCAUUUCACUCGGGAGAUUUUCCAAACUUCCCCGCGUGCCGCCUCGGAACUUUAUAGUCGCUGGCCGGACUUUUUUAUUUUGUAUUUUUUUUUAACAACUCAGUUUUAAGAACAGUUUAUCAAAUAUUUAUGUUCAGAGAUUUUCAUCCCUCUUUCGACUAUGAUACAGAUGCGAUGUGAGCAAACUACUGCUGCGCUAUCGACGAGGUAUCCACAGUGGUCCUAUAUAUAUAGACAGAAUAUGGAUAUUUAAAUUUAAAAAAAGAAGUCUAUUAGGAUAAAACUCCUUCCCGUGCACAACACAGACAGUGGCCCACUGCGAACUCUCUGAGGCUUUCAACGUCGCCACAAUAAACCUGAGAUUAGGGUUCCCUGCCGGAAGAUGCUCAGCGAACAGCUCGGUUUUUGGAUGAGCUCUUCUGAAACCAAUUCCAAAAGAUUAUAUAAAACUCUAUCGAAUCAAUUUUGAAGAAGUAUCUCAAAUUAGGAUUUAGCGGGGCCUGAAAUGCCCUGGAAAUUCCCCAUCUUUGAUGGCUUUGGCCUCUUAUGGGGCUUGCUCUUUGGAUUAUUCAUUGCAAGUGCACCGGGGAUGGCUUGUCCCACGAGUUGUCACUGUAUAGAGAAGAGUGGCAUGGCUGUGGUCCAAUGUAUGUCUCGAAACUUGGAGAGCAUCCCACCAGAUCUUCCACGAGACACCGUUGUCCUACUUUUGGCAUCCAACCACAUCACCCACAUCCCUAACCACGCCUUCAAAGAACUGCACUACCUUCAGGAGCUGGACCUGUCCAACAAUGACAUCGAGACUGUGGACCUCGGAGCCUUUCAGGGCGUUUCUGACAGCCUACUUGUUUUGGAUCUGUCAAACAAUCGCAUUCAAAGUGUCCCCAAAGAGGCAUUUGCGCGCCUGCGAGCAAAAAUCAGCCUCUCGAACAACCCGUGGCACUGCGAGUGCACGCUGCAGGAGGUCCUGAGGGAGCUGCGGCUGGACCCCGAGACGGUGAACGAGGUGAUCUGCCACACGGCAGUGCAGGAGCAAUAUGCAGGCAAACCGGUAAUCCAGGUGCUAGACUCAGGGAUCAACUUCUGCAACUUUCACCACAAGACCACCGACGUAGCCAUGUUCGUCACCAUGUUUGGAUGGUUCACCAUGGUGAUCGCGUACGUCAUCUACUACGUGAGACACAAUCAGGAGGACGCCAGAAGGCACCUGGAGUACCUCAAGUCACUGCCGAGCAGCUCGCAGAUCAGCAAGGACUUUGACACCAUCAGCACUGUUCUCUAGCAGGGCCGUGUGCGCGCUUGCGUGUCUGUAAAUAUGUGAGUAAAAGUAUGGUUAUGUACUAAAUGACUAAAAAGCUGUUGCAACACCAGUGUUUAAGCACAUUAUUCUGAGGUCUUUUGGUGACUAAAAUGGGUCAUUUCUGAUCUAUCGGGGCCCCAUAAAUAAAUAUAUGUACUUUAUUUAUUCCCAAAAACAUUUAAGUGGUAUUAAAUAGGAGUACAUCUGGCUCUAGAACCGGACAGAGCCUCAGCGAGAGCACAAAAUAAACAAAAUACUCAGAUUUCCAUAAUAGAUGAUAGAUCUAGACCGGAGAGAUAAAUGAUCCCACUAUGGUGUCGAUCCACAGUGUGAUUGAGUUUGGACUGAGAUGAAUGAGUAGCACGACUGUGUCUCCCAGUUACUUUGUAUCCAUUGAUUUAUGUUCUUCCGGUCAAGGUGAAGGCCUUUAUACGAGACUUUGGUUAACAUAUAAAAUAGGGAAGGUCUUAGCAUUCAGUGUACAUAAAGCAUUUGUAACAAACCUUACCCAGGAAACUAAUGACCGAGGAGAUGAGGUUACUCUGUGCAAACAAUGCAUUGUGUCAUGUUCAAGAGACACAUCUAUUCAAACUAGGAGAAGUUGCCAUACGUUAGCAGCUCUGGUGUGUUUUUGGUACAGGGCUACUUUAUUACCUGCCAAUAUUCCUGCAUUGAAGGCUCGAGGUGCAUUGUCUUUUAGUGUGACAUACUACUUAUUGUAAUAUGUGAUGAUGUAGAGGUAUAAAAAAGGUGCACACGGCAAAGUAAACUUAUUUUUGGACAGUUGUUUAAUUGUGUUUUAGUCUCCACCAAUUUAUGAGAACAAUACCUGUUAGCAGCCGCUUGCUGCUGCUGGUACGUGGCUUGAUCAGAGCAGUGAGACUGAACAACCUUUAAAUGCAUCAAUGAAAAUCAACUCAGUCGCCAGAAAAAAAUGUGUUGGCUUUGUGUAUGUUUCUUCAUUAAUCUGCAGAUACAGUGAAACUAAAUGUUUCUGAACCAAAAAUACAUUUCAUAUCAACAUAGGUGUAUAUCAAUGUCACAGUGUUUUAACCGCUCAUUGUGCUUUCGGCGUAUCCAAACUGCAUUCUCAAUUACGUUUAGGUUCAGGCAUUACUUUGGUUAGGUUUAGUAAAAUAUAUUUUUGUGGGUUCAAAUAAGUGUGUUAGUUAUGGUUUCACAGGGGACACAAACAGUGGUUUCCUUUGCAAAAGUCUUGUGUCAAUCAGGCCCAUCCCGUCAUCCUUAUGUGGACUUCUCUGAUUAGAAAUAUAACUGAUACGUCAAAACCAAACAUAAUCCGGGAGCAAAUACAGGUAUGUUACCUAAAAAGGAUAAUUGACAAUGCAGUUUUCAUAUGGCAACGUAAUUUUUUUGACACUAGGCUGCAGAAAACACAUGCGAACACUUUCAACACUGCGCAUAGAAGGGGUUCACAGGGGUUCGCAAAAUCUCAACAACAUUAAUAUGAACCUGUGCAUAAAGAAGUUGAUUGGUUGAGUAAAGCCAGCACAAGCCACGGAAAUGACCCAAACGACCCCUGUUCAUGUGCGCCUAUGUUAAAAGUGAAUGAAUGGAGAGAGAACUAUCUGUAAACACAUUCGCAUUACAGCCUUUCGGUUCAAUGUGAUAACCUGAUACAAUUGCAGUACCCUGGGAGGAAGGUUGGAUGUUGCAAUCUGUUGUGAAUUUCAUAAUUGUUUGAGAAACACGUCCAGAAACAUAUAUGGUGACAAUAUUUUUAUUUUUGUAUUAUUAUCUUUUGAACCAAAAUAUCAAUAUCCAUUAUUUGGAAACCUUAUUAAUCAGGAAAAUGGCCCAUUGGACGGAAAGCAGUCCAACAGCCUUUUUAUGCCCAAAACAAACUCCCAUUGUUCCAAAGGCCUGAGGCUCCAAAAAUACAAACACUCUUUGCAUUAUUAUGCAAAACGAUGUCUUCGAUCUUACCCAGAUAUUCUUACCCUAAACCUAACCAACCCAAACAAUGAAGGCAGCGAGUAACAAGAGGUUGGUUAUGCAUUUGGUAAGAGAAAAUAAUAUCUUGAAGGUCUGAUAACAUAGUUCUGUAUAAUAAAAAGCCAUGUCUGCUUGUUGUUGGAGAGUUUGUUAUUAGGAGCAUUGGGCCUUCGGAGGAAUUUGUUUUCGGGAUGACGGGCUGUCGAACAAAGAGGCUUUCAUUCUAAUCUGACCAUUUUUUGACCAUUUGAUUGAAAUAUUUUAUUACAUCGAUGAGUUGUUACAGCACAGGUACAAAUCACAAAGAAUGUUCCAAUAAAAUGCAUUGAUUAAUGCAGCUUUGUGCUGAUACUUUUCAGAGCUAUUUUGGGGGUCCAAAAUGACUGUUUGAAUGUAUUUUUGUUGGAUGUCAAUGUUCGGAAGUGUCAAACACCACAUGAUGUCUGUUAGUUGUCAACUACAGCGGCGCAACACAAACAGCUUUAUAUCCAUUACUAAAAUGGAUUUGAUUGCACACUGUUGUUUGGACACAAAGGUAAUUCAUGAGUUACUCUCUGGGACUCCUACACUAUAUCACUGUGCACUAAGUUGGACAACUGGAAGUCAUCUCCCUGUCCUACAAAGGUAUGCCUAGUUACUUUCUAUGUAGGUUGGGGAUCCCGGUCAUAAAGGUGUCGAUCCCCAAUUCCCCAGAUGGGUGAAUUUACCCCCCCAAAAAGUACAACAACGAGUCCCAGAAGACAAUGACAGAAAAUUAAGGUUACAUGCUUUUCUGUGAUUGACAAUUUACUGUCCUCAUGUGGUGAUUCCCACUCAUCUAGUUCAAGCAGGUUCAAAUAGAACAAUUAUUUGUAACUAAUACUUGACCCACUCUAGGUAGAGACUUGUUUUUAGUGUUACAUACUGUACUUGCUUAAAGUAAAGUAGUCUUCUUUUGUACUACUGCAGGUCUAUUUGUUACCGUGUCUCCCAGUGUCUGUGUCAUUUAACAAUGUUUGUGCUGUACACAACUUCUACAAUCUACAGGCAUGUACAUGCCAUCUGUGUUGCUAUUCUUUGAAAAAUAUGUCUUUAUCUAAACCUAUGUCGAAGUGUUUGAGUGUCUUUGUAUUUGUUGGAUGUUUCUUCUUCAUCUGUAGAAUAAUUACUUUAUGAGCUGUGUAUUUCUGUGAUGGAAAUGGAAGGGCUCCAAUAAUUUUGUUUGUGAUAAUAACACACAAUUUUCUAUUAGUUUGUUUCUAUGCGUUUGUUUUAUUUCAUGGAUUUCAAUGGACACCUUACCAGCAAUUG